CUGGACAAAAUGUAUUUUGACGCUGGGCAGAUGAACGGGACGGAGGGGAAUAACUUUUACAUCCCGAUGUCCAAUAGGACAGGGCUCGUGCGGAGCCCCUUUGAGUAUACGCAGUAUUAUUUGGGUGAGCCGUGGCAAUUCAAACUACUGGCAGUUUAUAUGUUUUUUCUCAUCUGUUUGGGCCUCCCUAUCAACGGUCUGACGUUGCUAGUUACAGCUCAGCACAAAAGGCUCAGACAGCCAUUAAACUUUAUUUUGGUUAAUCUUGCUGUGGCUGGAAUGAUCAUGGUCCUCUUCGGAUUUACUAUCACACUUACUUCUGCUGUUAACGGUUACUUUGUCUUUGGAACUAUGGGAUGCGCUAUUGAGGGUUUCAUGGCAACGCUUGGAGGUCAAGUCGCUCUUUGGUCACUGGUGGUGCUCGCUGUUGAAAGGUAUAUUGUUGUGUGUAAACCCAUGGGUAGCUUCAAAUUCACGUCUUCACAUGCUAUGUCAGGAAUUGCCUUUACUUGGAUCAUGGCAGCUAGCUGCGCUGUUCCCCCACUUGUGGGAUGGUCCAGGUAUAUUCCUGAAGGAAUGCAGUGCUCAUGCGGACCAGAUUAUUACACAUUAAACCCUGAAUAUCACAAUGAAUCAUACGUUAUAUACAUGUUCUUCUGUCACUUCUUUGUUCCCGUUACAAUAAUAUUCUUCACAUACGGAUGUCUUGUGUGCACUGUCAAAGCGGCAGCAGCUCAACAGCAAGACUCAGCAUCUACUCAGAAAGCUGAGACGGAAGUGACACGUAUGGUCAUCCUGAUGGUUUUUGGUUUCCUGGUGGCAUGGACCCCUUAUGCUAGUGUGGCAGCUUGGAUUUUUUUAAAUAAGGGAGCUGCCUUCAGUGCCCAGUUCAUGGCUGUUCCUGCCUUUUUCUCAAAGAGCUCCUCAAUAUUCAACCCCAUUAUCUAUGUGCUGCUAAACAAGCAGUUCCGGAGCUGCAUGUUGACCACCCUUUUCUGUGGCAAGAACCCGCUCGGUGAUGACGAGGCCACAUCUGUUUCAACAAGCAAAACAGAGGUGUCCUCAGUUUCUCCGGCAUAACAGAAAAUUGUCUAUGCACCCGAUUCUUACUCCCCUUCUUACUUGUUUUUGUCAUGUACAGUAUAUGUACAGUCAGUGAACUCACGGUUAGCUGAGACAACCAAUAGGAUUGUAAGAUCAGGUCUGACAGCAGCAGGAACAACACUUACUUUUCAGUGGGCAAGACACAACAAGAUAAAGAUAAGACGAAGAUCUAUUUAAGCCGAUCUACAAAGGUGCUCACCUCUACUGAACGCUAACCUGACUUCUCUGGGUAAAGAAAUGAUAUGUUUAAACUAACUGGCUUCUCCCCCAUGGCAUAAAGCAAGCCUGCUUGUCUUAUAAAUGGUGAUGGACGUUCAGACAUUGAAAUGCAGCCAUUUUUUGUAUAUUUUUUGUAAAAUAGUUCAGUAAACAAUUGCAUGCAAACAGCUUGUAUAGUUUCAUUACAUUACAUUUACAUAUCUCAUUCCACACAUUGAGAUUUAUUCUAUUCUAAGAUCAAAGCACCAAUUUCUAUUUAAAUGAUGGGAAUAGCAGCAAUACAGAAUACUAUAUAGUAGGGACAAUUGCCUAAAUGUGCCGGCCUAAAAAUCUAAAAUGCUUAAAUUGUUUUCUCCUGGCCGUCUCAAACUUAAAUUGCUCUUGUUUGAGAUCUGAACUCAUUGCCUAUUUCCAAACAUUAUAGCUCAGCUGCGCUUCUCAAAUAUUGUGUAAGUGGUAUCGUUUUUAAAGCUCACAAGAUACUCACAAGCAAGAUCUUUUUUGCAGCUGAAACAAUACGUGUUUUUGAAUAGUGAAACUAAAUAAUGACCUAAAAUGUAUAA